UCAAGAGUGUUGAACCAAAUAUGGACCAAAUAUGGAAUAUCUGAAGCAAGUCAGUUGAACCAACAAGUUCAGGAGCCAGUUUACCGUAUGUGCAUCCACUAGUAGAGAUCAUCCAAGCAGCUUCUUCAGAGAACGUUCAGAUCUUCAGUUCAGAUCUGCACUCAGAGACUCCUAUACUCCAUCUGCACUUACCACCAUGGUGUGUUCUGGAGUGCUGGUGAGGCUCUUCCUGCUCUCUCUGCUCUCUCCUGCUGUCUGGACGAUGAUUGAAAAUCUCCAUCAGGUGGUCAGUUUUCUCGACAAAACUUAUGGAGACAGUAAACAUCAGUUUGCUUUGGCCAUCAACGUCCCAAGACAGAAGUGUUCUAAAGGUGUUGUCCCGGAUCAGAACUUCCUCCUGGAUAAUGAUAUAAGGAAAGUGAAAGCUGCCAUGGAUGAUCAUAAAAGUAGAGUCUACAAAGGUCAACAGCUGAUUGGUGCAAAACCAAAACGAAUCUUUGGAAGAACAACAAACUACCACUCUGAGUACCUUCUGCUGUUUAAAUCAAACCCACCAGCGACAUCUCCUGAUGAUCCACUCAUGCAGAAGCUCCUGAACAAAGACCCAGACGGCUGUGUGGUUUUCUACACCUACAACUCCCCCUGUGUGAACACCUGCUCAACACCCAAUAAGCGUUACAGCAUCAUCCCUGCACUUGACAUGUUUAAGGCCCACAGAGGCCCUAAAGCGUUCGUUUUUACACAGGUUUGGAAAUAUGAUGAAAACAGUACUCAGUGGAAAGGGAACAUAAGAUCGGUGUCUAAAAGAGUGCCGCUGUACCGCUGCGACAACACGGGGUGUUACCGCUGUGUAAGACUGCGUAGGCCAAUCCACUCUAAGUGCAUGAGCAACUAGCACAAUGGCUCAACAGCUGGCACUGCACUGUGGUUUCCAUUCACUCCCCAGCACAUACCAUCCUUAAGUAAGUGCUAAACUUCCAAUUCACUGGUCACUGUACUGAAUUCACGAUUUCUCACAUUUACACCAAUCCACCAACCCAGCCUACAGUGAUUUACACUGAGACUGUAAGGUGUGUUUCAGCCAGGAUUACUUUCUGAACAAGGGCAGCCAAUCAGAACAGAGCUUAUUUACAUAUGUCAGAUUAAAGGCACAGUGCAUUCAGUCCUAAGAGAUAAAAUGGUCACGUAGAUCUGAAUUUCCACUUAUUUUCCUCUCAAGCAACAGAGAAAACAAUCCAAGAAAAAUGCAGGAUAUGGGCUCUUUAAGGCUAAAUAAGAUGACCACAAAAUAUGAUAUUCUAUAAGCAUCAGUGAUGAAAGUUUUUCUUUUUGCGCUUGAAAAUCUGCUGGAUUAAAUCUGUGUUACGCUUUUGCGUUUACCAAUAAAUACUGCUGCAUUAAA